AUUUUUAAAUUAUUUUUCGUUGUUGUUGUUGCUGUGGCCAUCGUUUAUUUUUCUCAUAUGUUAUUUUUUUAUUUUUUUUAUUUUGUUUGACAAAGUCCAGAAUACGAGUACAGACAUGUACAUAAGUACUUACAUAUGCUUUUUUGUGACAAAUCAUUGUUCAUCAAGUGCAAAAUAAUAAACAAAAUAAAAAGUAUGAAGCGAACGGAAAUUUUAAAUUCUAAACUAUGUACAUUAUAGAGCAAUAAAUUGCUAGAGAUAAAAAAACCGAAAACAGUAGUAUUUAGUUACCAAUUUGGAAUUUUAUAAACUUAUCGGUUGAAAUUAAAAGUGAUAGCCCAAAUCUUAUAAAGUAAAAUCUAAAAAAAAAAAUUUUUCUUUAUUAAAAUUUUGAUUUAAUAAAUAAUAAAAUAUGAUUUUGAGAUGAAAUAAUUUUUAAAUCUUACAAUAUGAGUGCAAAUUAAAUAUUUAAGACUACCAUAACUGUAAACACAUUGUGAAUUAUUUUGAAUUGAAUAUGAUGGCUAUUGCGCAAUGGCAAAAAAUGCGCAUAACAUAAAACUUGUCAUUCUAUCCGUAAUUUUUAUGAUAAAAAUGUCCUUUAUUAUUAGGGAUCAGCUAAACUAAAUUUGUGUCAAGUGAGAAAAAAUAAUAAUAAAAAGACAAAUAGGAUAAAUAAAAUACAAGAAUAACAAAGUAAAAAAUAAAAUAGUGUAUGUUAAUAAUAGUAGUAUAUGCAAGAAUGUACAUACAAACAAGUGUUUAGAAAUCUGGGAAUUCAUUCUCACGUGGAUAAAUAUGAAAUAUGAAAUAAAAAACCUAUAAAAAUUAGAUUUUUCUGUAACUAUACACAAACAAACGUACAUACAGAUUUAUAAAAGAAUAAAUCAAAACAAUAAGAAGAAAGUUGUUUUCCAUUCCAUAAAAUUAAAAAUGCGGUCACAAUAAAUAUGAUUUUAGACGUGAAAUUGUGAAGUGUUAUUACCAUUUUUGCAAAAACAAAUAAACAAAAUGAAAAAAUAAAUACAAAAAAUACGAGUACAGAUUAUAAAUAGUAUAGAAAUGGCAUAUUUCUUGUGUACCAAAAAAAAGCACCAUUUUACACUAAAAUAAAAACAAUAUUUGUACACAUACAACAAAACUAAAAAAGAACUCGGCACAAGAUGUAAAAUAAAAAAAAAAUGUGAAUUCAAUUAUUAGUGUCAAUUAUAUUUGAUUUAUAUGCCAAUUUCUAUAUAAAGAUAUAAAACUAGAUCAAGUGGGUAAUUCGAGAGCAUAUUAUGUGUCUAUGCUCCUAAAAGAAUUAAAAAAUCAAAACAUCUAUAACCGCAUGCAAUAAGAACAAAAGGAAAAGUAUAAUAAGAGUAGAACAAAGUUACGAGAAAAUAAAAAAAAAAGUAAAAAUUCAAAACACAUUAAGAAAGGGACUGUCAUAACAAGGACUAAAUUGAAAUGUAUGUGAUUUAUAAAAAGAACACCAAAAAUUAAUCAAAAAAAUAAAAAUUUUGUACUUUGUUUUUAUUUUUCAUAAUUUCCUAAUAAAAAAAUAUCUUUGUAAAUUUGUGAUUGCUGUCAAAUGAUGUCAAUAGAAAACCAUAUUUUAAUUUGAUUUGAAAUUGAAUCAAUAUCGUAUUAUAAUAAAUAAUUAUUUUUAAAAAAUGUCGACUAAACAUUAAAAUGAUUUGGAGAAGCAAGGUAGUGCAACAACAAAAAUAUGUGACUAAAUACAAUAAAAGUGCAAAUUUACAUACUUUAUAGCUAAGAACUGGGUGCAUCCUUGAUUUAUUUUCUAUUAUUUAUACACACUUCUGAAUAUACAUAUACACACAUAAAUAAUUUCACAUUAUAUCGGAAUCCUUACAGAAUGUUGAUUUUUUUUCAGCUUCCAGAAGAUUAAUUGAUUCAAGUUAUAUUUCAAUAAUUCUAAUGACGUGACAUUGUUAUACAAAAACGAAAAAUUUUGCAAAUUUACCAAAAUGGGAAAUUCAUUAACACAUCAUCAUCAUCAUCAUAAUCAGAAUAAUGGUGAAAAAUAUCAAACUGAUAAAGAUGGAUCCACGCAGCAUGAUGAUUUAUCACAGACAACAACAACUAAUGAUAGUAAAACUAUUGUACGCCGUAGUAGUCGUGUUAAAGAAAGAGUAUUGAAACAUUUUUCCAAGAGGUCUUCAAAAGAUAAUAUAUCAAUAGCGACACAACAGCAACAACAUUAUAAAAAUGACAAAAAAUAUGAAUUUAAUGAUAUUAUUACACCAGCAAUAUCUAAAUCAAUUAAUGAAGCUACAACAAUGACCGUUACUACAACAAUUCCAACAAAAACAGCAGGAAUUUUGGAAACUAUACCAACUGCAAUAGAUAAUAAAAGAAUAUUAAAGCAUCGUUUAAGUGAUGAAUCAGAAAUUGAUGAAGAUAAUAUUAAUAUAAAUCUUUCCGAUACGGAUGUGUCAUUAAAUGCUAGAUCACCAUCGGCUGACAUUGACUGGAGUUCACUUGAAUUUUCGAAAAUGCCUAAAACAAACGACAGCUCUGACACAUUAGGUAGUAUUGCAGCAGUUAAUGAACCAAUUUUAAAAUCAGAUGACAUAAAAUCAAAUAGUAGGGAUAUGACUAGCAUCAAAAACCCAAAAGAACAUUUGAUUUUGAAAACAAAACAAUGUUGUGCAACAAAAUCUGUUAAUGCAACAAAAAUGCUAUCUCAAAUCAAUGACAUAAUGUUUAAAAAAAAUUCUUCUCUGUCAGAAGCAAAAGAGUACAAAAACUCAACACCAACACCAUCGUCAAUAAGUUUUACAUCAAGUGAAGGGAAUGAAUACGAAAAUAAGAUGUAUGGCGAAACCGGCAAUAAUGGUAAUGAUCUUUUUGAUAGCAUAAUGGCCGAAAUAAACAGCAAGCAACAACAAAAAAGAGAUUUUGUUGGUGAAAAACAAAAUCAUGAGAAUAUUAUGUUUGCUGAAAUAAAAAUUUCAAAAAUAAAAGAGAAUGAAAAUAAAGUAAUUUCACCAACAAACAUCACAAUGCCAUCAACUUACACACCAAUAUUAACAACCGAUUACUUAACAGAUUUAAAUGGUAAUAAUAACAUGAUUGUAAACAAUGUUAUUGUAGCAGAGAGUCAACAAGACCAUAUGUUUAAAAAUAUCACAUCUACCGUGCCAAUUAAUGUUGACGAAGUUGAAAACGAAAUAAAAGAGAAUAAUAGUAGUAGUAAGCUUACUAACACAAACAACAAAUAUUCUGCUGAAAAUGUUGAUAUACAUUCUCAAACUACAUCUAUUACAGGAACGGCUAGUGACAUUUUACGAUCGGUUGAUGGUGGUUCUGUUUUGUGUGGAAAUAAUAAUUUUUUGUAUGCUGAAAAAAGUGAAAUCGAAUUAGAAGAAAAGAAUAAAUUAAAUUUAAAAGUUUCAAAAAGUUUAGAAGAUGUUAAAUUAUUAUAUAAAACUAUUGAAAAAAAUUUAAUUAACUCAAAUACUAGUGAAAAACUCUUAAUAAUACAAACAGAUUCAUGGAAAACAGCUAAAUUAUUAGAAACCAUUGCAGCACAACAGCGAUUUUCUUUCACAGAAGAUCAAAUUGAUAGUUGCCGUAUUAUUAGAUUGAGAGAAUCAUCAACAGAAUCCGAAUCAAUAUUUACUGACCCGAUAACAUCUCCAAGUUGUGCAACUGAUAAUGAAACAACGUUUAGAUCAAUUGAAAAUGGAAGUGAUUCACUAAAUGAUUUUUCACAAUUUUCAAAAAGGAAUAGCACAAGUACACCGUAUUGGAAACGUCAAAAAUAUAUAAGAACCUUAUCAGUAUUAGAAAAACUUUCACGUUCUGAAAUUGUGUACCUGAGUAUAGAUAGCAGUAAUUCGAAAAGUAAUAGUGAAUCACCAGAAGACGAUUUACAAAUGGCUAUACAUUUACGUAAUAAAUUAGCUCAAAUGUUGAGUAAUGAAGAUCAAAAAACAAGAGUUGAUGCAACAACAUCGCCAGGAAUCUUUAAUGUUGCUAGAGCUAAAAAAGUUGAAUUACAAAAUCUUUCAUCAAGAUUAGCGGAUAAUAAUUUAGCUGGAAUUUCUCCUAAAAUUUUACAUGACGUACAAGGUACUUCAUCGCAAUCUUAUGCCGAACAUGACACAGAAACAAGUCAAACUUUAUCGCCUUCCUGUUUUGGAUCUUUUAGUGACAGUAAUGUUUUAAAAAAGGUAGCUUCCUUUAUAACUGCAGAUAAAUCUGGUAAUAGCGAUGUUGCACCAAGAAGAUCGUCACUGAUUCCAGAGAAACUAGAUUUUACAAUAUACGAAAAAUUUGAAGGUCAAAUGCUAGUUAAAUGGAUAACAAAUUCUUUAAUUUCAACGGGGUGUAAUUUAAGUGAACAAACUUUAAAUAUUUUAACUCAACAAUAUUGUGCUAAUCUAUUAUCAAUUGGAGUGAUUAAACCAAUUUGUGAAAAGACUGAUAAAAAUGACACAUUUUAUCCAUAUCAAAUGUAUCAAUGGACUCAUAGAGAAACUAUACCAGCAUCAAACCCUGUUACACCAGGACGAUUAGAUGCAGAAAUAAUAUGGCCUCACUCAACAACACCAACGUCAUCAUUAAAAAUCAAUCCAAGAUCUGUUCAAGUAGAUAUAUCAGGAACUAGUGAUAUUACACAACUGAAUAAUUACAAUAACAAUGGAAAUUGUAAUAACAAUAACAAUAUUGAUAAUAGUAAUAAUAAUUUAAAUAAUAAUAAUAAUAAUUGUAAUAACAAUGGUAACGUUAAUAAUAAUCAAAGCAAUCUUAAUAACAAUAAUAUUAUUUCAAAAGAUAUUAGAAUUUUAUCAAAUGGUCCCAAUAACGCCAAUAAUGUUAGUACAAAUUUAAAUAAUUUUGAUAAUAAAAUAAUAGUAUGUGGUGACCGAAAGGUUUUUGAAUUAAAAAAGUCUCUAUUAAAUUGUAAUACGUUGAGUGAAGUAUACGAAGUUGUUGAAACAUUAUUACCAGACCGAAAACCAUCAAGCAGUAUUAUUGUUAGCUAUCAAUCACCAACUAAAUCACCAUCAGCGUUAUUAAAUGAAAGUGAAGUAACAAUAUAUGACGCGAAAAAUUUAAAUGAUACCGAUAGUCCAAAAACUGAUGAAGAAAAACCUAGUACGUGUAUCAAUUCAUCAACAAAAGAAAAUUUACUUGAAACCACUGUAGAUAAUAAUGUACUAUUGUGUUGUAAAUGUGGUGAAAACAUAACGGAAAUAACUACAGAAUCAGAAGAAUUGAAAGAUAAUGCAAUACAAGUUAUUAAUAGUGUACCGCUUAAAAUUGAUCAAAUUCUACAAACAAGUUUCGAAGAGCAUUUUACACCGGUAAGACAACCAAUUGCAAAUAAAGAAAUUAAUGAGGAGGAAUUAAUUGAUUCCACACCAAAUAAUAUUGAGGUGUUUGAAGCGAUAAAUGAUGAUCUUAAAACUUCAACACCAACUGAAGAGGAAAUUAAUACUGCAGAACCGGAGCCAAAAAUUUCUCCAGUUAAAUGUACAUUACCCCCGCCACCACCACCACCAGUACCACCACCAGCACCACCAUUACCACCACUAUCACUUCCAUUGCCUAAAAUACCACCGCCACCACCACCAGCAUUACCUAAUUUUAAUAAUCAGCGUUCAACAGCAAGUUCAUCAUCAGCUAACCAUAAUUUACCGAAUGCAUCUGUUGCUUUUAGAUCUCCACAAAAUUUACAAAAAUCUAUUUCAACUGGCUCAUCAACUUCUCCACCGUCACCGGCACCAUUUCCCAUGCCACCGACAAGUGGAACUUGGUUUCAAGCGAAUAAUACACUUCGCAAAAAUGCUGUAAAUCCACCGAAGCCCAUGAAGCCAUUGUAUUGGACAAGAAUUGUUACAUCAAAACCAUUUCUUGGUCAAUCUUCAGAAGAGAAAACUGAUUCUUCGCCCGAGGAAGAAAUAAAAGAAGAAAAGCCUAAAGAAUUAUGGCAAGAAAUUGAUGAGACUAGUUUAGAUAAUUUUGUAAUUGACGAAUUCACCGAUUUAUUUUCACGUCAAGCAGUUGUACCACAGAAUAAACCAACACGCGUUAAAUCAAAUUUAGCUAAAACAAUAAAAAUAUUAGAUAGUAAAAGAUCGCAAAGUGUUGGAAUAUUCUACAGAAGCUUACAUUUUGAUUUAGAAGAAAUUGAACAUGCAAUAUAUCAUUGUGAUACAUCAGUUGUUAGCUUAGAAAUACUUCAUCAUAUAAGGGAUAUUAAAGCGACUCCUGAAGAAUUGGCAAUGAUUAAAGAAGCUGCUAACGGUGAUACACCGCUUGAUGCCCCUGAGCAGUUUUUAUUAAGGAUUUCUCAAAUAUCAUCAUCAGCGGAAAGAAUCUCAUGUCUUGUUUUUCAAGCUGAAUUUGAUGAAGGUUCAACAUUAGUUUCUCGAAAAUUAGAAGUUGUAAAACGACUUUCAGAAUUUUUAACUGAUAGUGAUGAUUUAAAAUUACUUUUUUCAAUAAUUUUAACACUUGGCAAUUAUAUGAAUGGUGGUAACAGAGCCCGUGGUCAAGCUGAUGGAUUUGGUUUAGAAAUACUAGGAAAAUUAAAAGAUGUCAAAUCAAAAGAUUCUAAAAUCACAUUACUUCAUUUUAUUGUUAAAACUUAUAUCGGAAGAAAACGUAAAAGUGGUACACCUUUGAUUGAAAUUGGAUUACCAAUACCGGAACCAAGUGAUGUUGAAAGAGCUGCUGCAGUUGAUUUUGAUGAAAUAAAAUUGCAGAUAAUGGAUCUUCAGAAAAAAUUAAGAAUAUGCCAGAACACAACAGAAAAAGUGAUUGCCUCUUCAAACGAAGAAAAUAUUCAACCUUUCAAAAAGAAAAUGGAAGAUUUUAUUGAGAUAGGUGAUAAAAAAAUUGAAAAGCAAUUAAGCAAAUUGGAGGAAAGCAGAGAAAGUUUCGUGAAAACGAUGACAUUUUAUCAUUUUAUACCGAAAUCGGGAGAAUUGCAACAAUGUACACCAGCUCAAUUCUUUGAAUAUUGGACCAAUUUUUCGAAUGAUUUCAAGGAUAUUUGGAAAAAAGAAAUUACAAUGCUAACGAAUGAAUUAAUAAAAAAAGUGAAAUCACAGCAAAAGGUUCAAAAUACCCAGAGCGCAACAAAUUCUUCGAGACCUAAAUUAAAACCAGGCGGCCUUAAGGAUAGACUACAAAGGAUGGCUAAAAAAUGAAAACAUUUAUGUAGAAUAUUUCUUUUAAUUUUCUUUUUUAUUUUUUUAUUGUAAUUUUUAGUGUCUUUUUUUUAAUGUUAUAUUUAUAUAAGUAUAUAAAUUUCCUAUAUAAAAAUAAAAAAUAUAUACAGGCAUUCAAUCAAACAUAAUUAUGUAAUAUUUGUAUUUCGUUUUCGAAAAAAAAAACAAUUCCUAUACAAUUUUGUUCCCUUUUUUGCAUUAAUUUAGAUGUAAUUAUAAGAUAUUAUAGAAUUUGUAGCUAUUUAAUAAUAAUUAUUUUUGUAAUAAAUAUAUAUACAUAUAUAUAUGAUGGUAUAUACACAUACAUAUGUAUAUAUAUUUGGAUAUUUAGAAUAUAUUCUUAUUAAUAAACUCUUAUGUGUCCUAAGAUGUUGUAGAUAUAUAGCCUCUCGAAUAAGAACACCAUAAUUUAUUAUUUAAAUAUUUAUACCAGUAAAAAUCUUUAAUUUUGGUUUUUCUUUUUUAUAUUGUCAAAAUUAAUAAAAAUUAAUUAAUGAAAUUUUUUUUUAAAUUAUUAAUUUUCAAAAGUUAAG